CGUGUAUAUCCACGCCACUCCCACCCAUCCGUCGCAGCGCCCGUGUCAUCUGUUCAGGAUAUACACCAUCUCGCACGCCCAGAAGAGACGCAGCCAUGGACGCCCCUGAGCCCGAUACUCCCUUCUCUGCCGUAACCGCGCAAACGACAAAGUAUGGACGGAUGUUCCAGGCAUAUCUCGACAAGUCGACACCAUUCACCACAUACCGGUGGGCAGGAACAGGCUUCCUUUUCCUCAUGUUUGGCCUGCGCAUAUUCGUGGCCCAAGGAUGGUACAUUGUCGCCUACUCGCUCGGCAUCUACCUCCUGAACCUCUUUCUCGCGUUCCUCUCGCCCAAAUUCGACCCCGCGCUCGAACAAGAUGAAGGCAUGGAAGACGGCAACGCCUCGGGCCUGCCCACCAAAGAAGACCAAGAGUUCCGCCCGUUCGUCCGCAGGCUGCCCGAGUUCAAAUUUUGGUACUCGACCACCAAGGCGAUUGCCAUUGGCUUCUUUUGCAGCUGGUUUGAGAUUUUCAACCUGCCUGUUUUCUGGCCCGUUUUGGUCGUGUACUGGUUGAUUCUGUUUGGCCUGACGAUGCGCCGACAAAUUCAGCACAUGAUCAAGUACCGCUACGUCCCCUUUACCGUCGGAAAGACUCGCUACUCGCCCGCCCACUAGCAAGCCUCCGGCUCACUGCGCGCUUCGAUUUCAGAAGUACUUUGGGAGGAGUUUGCAUUUAGCAGCUUGCAUCUUGGACACGGGCGCUUUUCCUUUUGGGCCGCGAUAGACUUGAAAGCCGCGAUUUUGGCGAGAAUAAUAUUGCUAGUGAUUUGACUAGGAACGGGGUAGUUGACACGAUAAUGGCUUGGAUGCGACAUGAUGCUGUAUACGUAGUUGGGAAUAGCGGGGUACAGCUCUCAAAUAUGCUCAAAGAUGCUCAAACAUAUUGGCUCAAAGUAGUGCGCUAGUGUUGCAAGUAAACAAC